AAAGUGGAGACGGCGAUAGGAGUUUUUUUGGGGGGAAGAAUAGAGAGCGAGAGAAGGGAGUGCACAUUACAGACAUUCCUGACAGUUGAAUGUGUCUGCCUGCAAGACGCUGGAACUGAAACGGCAGUGGAAACAGUUUUCCAUCUCGGAAACCAACUGGACUGGACAAGCUAGCCAACUAGAUAUAAAACAAAAAGUUUUUUUUCUUUGCGUUAGCUCAGUAGAACAAUAGUCGUUUCAUCUGCAACCCAACUCGGACAGCAAGUUAUCCCUGACUCAUUAAUCCAGCGACAUAUUUCAAUUGUAGCGAAAAGUAACUUGGAUUUAAGCACAUUUAUAUUCGGGUGAUUUGUAACAUUAUUUGAUUCAGGUGUGUGGCUGACCUCGAUCAAGAUUGGUAGCGAGAUUUUUUUUUCUUGCAGAAGUGGUAACUGAAUAGUCUGUAGUCACCCGCUAGUUUGAUUCAUUGGUCGGGCGUAGCUUCUUCGCCGGAAUACGGUAAACUAUAGCGUGACUACUCUUCAAGUUGGGACACAGCGCGCCAGUCGCUUCUCUUGAUUUGUUUCAUAGCUGACACAGGCGUCUACAACUCGGCAGCUAUCCCGCUUGCUAGAUAACCGACAAUUUCUUUUUAACCGAAAACCAAACCAUCCUUGUGGGAAAAUGGCCGUGAGCAGCAUCGAUGCUGUCAAGCGAAAGAUCAAGGUUCUCCAGCAACAGGCGGACGAAGCGGAGGAGAGAGCCCAACUUUUACAGAGAGAAGUCGAAGAGGAAAAACAGUUAAGGGAACAGGCUGAGGCAGAGGUGGCCUCCCUGAACAGGCGUAUCCAGCUGGUGGAGGAGGAGCUGGACCGGGCCCAGGAGCGUCUGGCCACCGCCCUGCAGAAGCUGGAGGAGGCCGAGAAAUCAGCCGACGAGAGCGAGAGGGGGAUGAAGGUGAUUGAGAACAGGGCCCUCAAGGAUGAGGAGAAGAUGGAGAUGCAGGAGAUCCAGCUGAAAGAGGCCAAGCACAUCGCUGAGGAGGCCGACCGCAAGUACGAGGAGGUGGCUCGUAAGCUUGUGAUCAUCGAGGGAGACCUGGAACGCACAGAAGAGAGAGCUGAGCUGGCUGAGGGAAAAUGUGCUGAGCUGGAAGAGGAGCUCAAAAAUGUCACCAAUAACCUGAAAUCACUGGAGGCCCAAGCAGAGAAGUACUCCCAGAAAGAGGACAAGUACGAGGAGGAGAUCAAGGUCCUGACUGACAAGCUGAAAGAGGCCGAAACCCGCGCCGAGUUCUCCGAGAGGUCGGUGGCCAAGCUGGAGAAGACCAUCGACGACCUGGAAGACUGCCUGAGUUGUGCCAAAGAGGAGAACGUCAAGAUCCACUGCACCCUGGACCAGACCCUGAUGGACCUCAACAGCUUCUGAUCUGCGCACGCACGCACGCGCACACUCGCGCACACGCACACACGCACACGCACACACGCACACGCACACACACACGCGCGCACACACACACCCUUACACUCCCUCCCUCCAUCCCUCUCUCUCUCUGCUGAUUCAGUAUGUUGGGGUAGAAUUUGGGUUAUUUGGAGGGUGGGGGAGGGGGGUGCAGGGGAGGACUUGUGUGGUGUAAGGGGGGGGGUUCCACAGUUUUUUUUUUUUUUUGUUUUUUUUUUUGUUUUUUUUCAGCACAUUCCUUUUGUACACAUUCCUAUUCGCACCUCCCCCUCCCUGCUCUGCACCUCCCCCUCCUGGCCCUGCACCCCCUCCUGUCUCUGAUCUGGGCCAUUUGUCUCCAUCCCUGAUUUUCAGCUGCAAAGCCGUAAGGUUCACCAGCGAGCAGUAAAUCACACCAGCGAGUAGCUAAAGGCCCACUCAGUAAGUUUGGCUGCUUAUAUAUGCAGCUCACCAGCAAGUAGUUCAGUACAGAAGCGAUUAACAAAGCUUAAGGGCUGUUGGGUUUUUGGCUGAGCCGCCCGAUAUUAUCUCUCGUCACUUUAACGCUGCUUUUCUCCGGCUUCAAAACGGUUCUGCAUUAUCAAUCCCACAAUCCCACUGCCUGGCGUGCGGUUAGUUUCUCCUGCUCGGGGCGACGCUAACUGGCCCAACUGCCGUGCUCGAGAAAAUACAGGAGAGAAACGCAAUUAAAUUUUGAGUUGUUACCGAUAUUUGUGAACGGGACAGUCCUUCACUGCAUCCUGCCUGUCCAACAGGCUUUCCCUUUGUGGUAGCUUCACCCCUGCCAAAUCCACACCCCCUCAGUUUACAACCCCUGUUCAUGCCGCAGUGUCUGAUCGUUUCUGUGGUUUGGUUUCAAUCGGCAGCAAGUUAAGGCCUGGAGAACCGGUUGUGAACACCCUUUAGCCAAUCAGUGACUUCAGAGAAUCACAAGUGCUGAAGGACUACGAACAGACUACAAAAAAAACUACAAAGACUACAAAAACCAGCAGACACUGCUGCUCUAGAGGACUGGAUUCUGACAUGUGUUUUAUACAGUGAUGUUCUAGACGGAAUAGAUUUGAUUCUGGACUACAGAUGUAUUUCUUAUGAGGGAGACAUGUUUUUCUCUAAUUUUAUAUCUUUAUAUCAUUGUUUUUGUCUUUGUUGUUGAGCCAUUCUCUCAGAAAUGAGCCCCCCACUCUCAAAAUGGUUUGAUAAUAUUUCACGGGUUUAUCGCAUCUGAACGGUCUGUUCCCUUUCUGGAGUCUGGUGGGUUGGUGUGCAACCAGGAUUUUAUUUGGGUCAGGAAAUUUGGAAAUUCAACAGGGAUCAUGUUUCAGCCAAUCAGCAGCUGUCCUCUGGGCUGCAGUGACCCAAUCGCAUUUUCUGGAAGGGGUGACACAAUAAGGGGGUGGGUUUUUGUGUCUUGAUUCCGCUGCCAAGUAUUGAGGGGCCCAAUGAGAAAUGAGAUGAGAGGUCGUGUCUGCACCACACUUGUCUUCAUUGAUAUUCUUUCAAGAAAUGUUAUACAGCAAACAAAAGUGAACUUCAGUGCUUAAAAUUUAUGGAACAAAUAAAGGAAUAAGAUACGCGCUAUAGUUUUAAACUGGAACCUUUUUUCUAACCUGUGUAAUGGUGAUUACAAAAAAGAUGGAGUUUGUUUGUUUUUUAAAUAAAGGAUCAUGGUUCAUA